AUGGUUACGAACCAGGAGCUGAAUGACCGUCGAGAGCCUGGCUGCUCAGUCGUUCUUGCUGAUAAGAAAUACUUCCACGUGGGUUGCUGGUUCAUGAAGCGAACGCUCCGCCAGCAUGAGUGGCAAUCAGUCUCGGACAACAUUAUAGUUCCUCCGGCAACAUAUCCCCAGCGAUGGAGUAACGAUGCUGCAAUUCUGCGAUUUCUUCGCAAGGAGACCAAUAUCCCGCUCCCACCGGCGGAAUGCACCUUUGAAGAUGACGGCGCCUUUUAUCUCCAAACGCAAUACGUGGACGGGGUUAGUAUGAAGCAUCUAAAGCAAGAAGAAAAGGAGCAAGUGGCGAUAGAACUGGAACAACAUGUGGCAAGCUUGCGGUCUCUGCGAUCCGAUACUCCUGGAGUACCCGGCGAAUCGCUUUUAUGUCCUCCUCAGCGGGUUACCAGCAACCAACCAAUGGAAGACCAAUAG